AAUUACAAAUGAACUUAAUGAAAGUGAAGAUUAUUUAAUAUAUAAAGAAGAGAAUAAUAAUAUUUUGAAAGAACUAUUUAUUGUUUUAAUAGAUAAUUUAAAAGAAGGUCAAGAAAAUUCUUAA